ACAGGUCGAUGUAGAAAAUAAACGAAAGUGGUUUGUCAGGUGACUAGAUAGCUCGGAUAAUUUAUUAAUUAAACAGUAUUAGACAACAGUAUGAUAGCUAGGUUGCGUUUACCAAAGUUAUUGUCCUGCAGAAUAUACAACUUGCCCUUGAAUUUGAGACUACUGAAACGGCUUUGAAUGCAUUAUGCUUGACACCGUGACUGCGGUGGUGAGAUCUGCGCAAUACAAUGGCAGCGUAUUGCCUACUACCUCAGUGGAGAACACAUCAGCAACCCCAACUUGGGGACCAGAGCCUCACAGAUGUCUGCAGGUCCUAUACGAGGACAUUGGCGAGUUAAGAGUGCGGUUUUGGGACCUCAUGCUGCUCAUUCCCAAUGUAGUCUUCUUCAUGUUCUUGAUGUGGAAGCUGCCCUCAGCCAGGGCCAAAAUCACACUCACCUCCAGCCCCAUCUUCAUUACCUUCUACAUUCUGGUGUUUGUGGUGGCAGCGGUGGGAAUCACCCGUGCCAUAGUGUCCAUGACGGUCAGUGCAUCCAGUGCUGCCACCAUCAUUGACAAGGUGCUGUGGGAGAUCACCCGUUUCUUUCUGCUGGCCAUUGAGCUCAGUGUGAUUAUCCUGGGACUGGCUUUCGGCCACCUUGAGAGUCAGUCCAGUAUAAAGCGUGUGCUGGCUAUAACUGCUGUACUGGCACUGGGCUACUCAAUCACACAGGGCACUCUGGAGAUCCUGUACCCUGACGAGCACCUGUCUGCCGAGGACUUCAACAUCUAUGGCCACGGAGGACGGCAGUUUUGGUUGGCCAGCUCCUCCUUCUUCUUCCUGGGCUACUCUUUGGUUGUCAUCCUUCCCAAAACCCCAGUGAGGGAGAGGAUAUCCCUGCCUUCUAAGAAGAGUUUCUAUGUGUACGCUGCCAUUCUGUCCCUGCUCAACCUGGUCCAGGGGCUGGGCAGUGCCCUGCUGUGUGCCGGCAUCAUAGAGGGGCUCUGCUGUGUGGACGUCACCACCUUCCUCUACUUCUCUGUGUUCGCCCCACUCAUCUAUGUCACCUUCCUCAAAGGCUUCUUCGGCUCGGAGCCCAAGGUCCUCUUCUCCUACAAGUGCCAGGUGGACGAGCCGGACGACCAGACGGAUGUCCACCUGCCCCCCGCCUCAGGCCUGGGCCGCAAGGAGCAGCUGGAACAGGGCUCCUUCUACUCCAGCACCCAGAUAGACGGCCUGACUGCCGUGUCCAUGGGCACCGGCAUAGCUGCCUACCUGGACGACGUGGCCUCUGGUCCUUUCGGGGCGGGCAGCAUCAACAGCGACUGCUGGAGGGCAAUCAACGCCUAAGAGAAGAGGGGAGAGUAGAGGAAAUGAAAGGGCAGGAUAGGGGAUGUGUGCUAGUAGGAGAUGUGGGACUGGUUGAGUAGUGAGUGGAGAGGUUGGAGUUUGCUAUGGCUCUCUCUCUCCCUCUUCCUCUGGAGACAAUGUGAAUUGAGAGUUUGACUCAUUUCAGCCCCUAUCUGUUUUCCAUAUUCUCCAUUUUGGUUCUUGCUGCCUCAUCCAUUCUGGCUCAAACAUGACAUUUCCUACCAUUAUCUGCUGGGGAUAUUUCCACAGCUUCAGUCCAGUCAAGUAUUAUCCCCCCUGUAAGUGAGUCUGUGGACGACAAAGAUAAGAAGACAAUGUAAAUCUAUGUUAAGUGUAAAGGUAAUGUCCAAUACAUUCCCAUCGAAGGGGUCAGGUGAGGUCAAGUCCAUUAACUGUGGCCUUGUAUUAGAUGUGACUACUCGUUAAUCAUCUCGUAUUGAACAACUGUGCCUCGCUCCCUAUAGGCCAGACCUGUUCUUAUCACGCUAGGACCCUUCUCUAAAUUGUGUCACUCAUAAUAGAUCAAGUGUGCUUAAUUCUUUUUAUUUUUGUUAUCAGUCCUUUUUUCCCCUCGCGUUGAUGAUUGAAAGCCUACAGUGUACCGUCAUUGUAUUAAUUGAAGAACUCUUCGGCUUGAGUCUGCAGGGGCUUUGUAUGCCGUGUCAGACUAUUAGCAGUGCAACUGGUAUCCUUGUAACUUGCUGCUGGAACUGGGAGAGACCCAAAAUGGACGCCAUGUCGCACCUGCAUCACCUCUACCUAUUUUAUGUUAUUGUUUGCCGACUGUUUUAUUUAUUUUAGUUACUGCUCGGUUUUAUGUCGAUAGGUAGUUCCAUCAGCUGAUCAUUCCUGCUGAAAGUAAAACUUUCCAACCACCAAUCAAAUGAGAUGGAGAAGGCAGGAAUAGCAUUUGUGGUUAAACUAUGUCUUUUUUAUAUCAAUAAAUAUUCAUGCCCAUAUACAUUGUAUUCAAGGUUAUUUUAAGGACUUGACAUUUGUGGUUUUCAAUAUAUGAAAUUAUUGAUUAAGUCACCUUAUGGUGUUGCCCAUGUUUUCUUUAUAGUCAAAGCCCUGAUUUCAUCACAAAGAAAGAGCAACUUUUAAACACAGUCCAUCUGAUUGCUCAUGAUGCUCAACGCACCCUAAAGACCAAUUUUCAUGAAGCGCUACUUCCUUGCAUUAAUUCCUACUUGUAUGUCUGCUGUGAACUUAGUAGCUCACAACACAUGGCUUUCUGGGAAACCAAUUCCAUUGGUGGCUGAAAACAAUGUCAUUCUAGUUUGUGUGAAUUACGAUGUCCCUUUUUUUAUUUUAGUUUUGUUUAUGCCCACUUGAUUUUGUCACUGAUAUUAAUUCUCCCAAAGAGAAUUGUUCCUUGGAAUGUUAUACGUUUGGUAUGGUAAAAUAUGAAGUGGGUAAAGUUAUUCAUGUGACAUAUAGCAUCCAGGGGAGGCUGCUGAGGGGAGGAUGGCUCAUAAUAAUGGCCGGAACAGAGUGAAUGGAAUGACAAUGUAUUUUAUACCAUUCCACUGAUUCCACUCCAGUCAUUACCACGAGCCUGUUCUGCCCUGUGAUAGCAUCAGUAUGUAAUAUAAAUAUAUUUAUUUUUUCAUAAGCGUAAGCCACCACAAAGCAAGCGUUUAUAUUGCCAUUAUAGUAUUUUAUAGGAGUCUUCUACCUUGCUCUUCCCAACACUUGCCCUGCAUCAACAGACUGUAGCUUGCUCUCAAACACUGGCUUCUAUUUCUAUAGACAUGUCCGAAGGGUUGCAUUUGAGGUACAAAAUUAUUCACAAUGAUUUGAGUAUAAUAUUUAUAAGGUCUUUGGGUGUGGGUUUCAAAUGCAAGUGCAGUCAGGCUAAAGAUUUAAUACAAUAUUUAAGAUGGUAAGUGAAAGAACUUUGAAAAAGAGUGAGGAUACUUGAUGCCAGCAAUUUGUGAACAAUUUAUUUUAAUUUAAUAGUAUAUCGUUGUAGAAAAUUCAACCCAUGAUCAUUGAGCUAUAAAAUAACGGUGUUGAUGUGUUUCAGCAUUCCAUGAGAGACUAUUAAAACAUGCUUCCUUUUCAUUCCUAUA